AUGCAAGCGGUUGCAAAACAAUCUAUGGAAUCAGAAGAUUCCGAUGAGUCAUUGCUAGCGGCAUUGUCAGCAGUAACAUGUGCGGAAGAAUUUACUGACUUUAUACCUUUGCCAGCUAUCGAUUAUAAAAUUGUAUUCUCAGUAUCGGUUGCUGGCAUUGGUAUUCUUCCCGCUGAAUUUGCUACCAAUGGUACUAUUCGGUUUCAUUUACCAGCGGAGGAAACAACAAAUAUAAAUGUAACAGGUGAAGGGAAAUUUUCAAAUUUGGAAUGGAAAUAUAUAAUGCAAAUGCGAUUUCGAGUUGGAACAGCUGAAUCGGACACAGAUCGAGUAGUGGACGGUGAUUUAUUUGAGAUUGGAAAGCGUUAUCCACCGAUUGUAAUUCGAAUUAAUGAUGAAAAUAUUCGACGAGUACGAAUUGAAAUGAAAUUUGUUGAAAUGCUCCAUAAUUUUUUACCAAAAUUUGAAUAUGGCGAUAUAACGUUAAAAUUCAAAGAUGAAACAUUGCAAGUUUAUAAAGCAUUGCUUAGCUUGCAUUCCAAUUAUAUGGCUGAAAAGUUAAAGUAUGCUGAAGAGGGUGAUAUAGUUGAUAUGGGUGAUACGGAUGCAAAUGAUUUUAAGGAACUUUUAUAUCAGAUUUAUCCAACCAAACGACCAAUAUGGGCCAAUUUAAAGAGUUUAACUCGAGCAGCAGUUGGUUUCCAAGCGGAUGGUAUCAUUGAUCGAAUUACUUCCUAUAUUGUCAACUAUGAAUCUAUGUAUAUGGAGCAAAAGAUAACGGAAGCAAUCAAACUUGAACUACCGAGUGCUAUCGAAGAGUUAGUUUACAAAGCAGAACAGGAUGGUUACUGGGUAGAUAUUAUCCGUAAUGGAUUAAAUCCGGAAUUGGAAUACGGUGUUGCCAUAUAUAAUUAUAUUAUUUUACCUGCAGUUGCUAAGGCUAAAACAUUACCACUGGGAACACCAGUACGUGAUCAAUUCUUCAAAGAGAUUAACUUUCGUAAGCCACCCAAAAAUGAUUAUGAUGAUAAUGAUACGGUGAUAUUAAUUGUUAAUGGUACUAAAUUAUAUGUAAAUAAAGGUAUCAUGAAAGUAAAUAACGAUGCAAUGUUUGGUCGAGGUAAUAAAGGUGAAAUGAUAGUGCAAGUGAGUUGUGAAUUAGCAGAAGAAUGUGCAAAAAUAAAUAAAACACCAUUAUAUAUUGUUGAAGCUUUGCUUCAACAUAUUUAUCCCUGGAAUAAACCUAUCGAAAGCAUUUUACUACGACCAUUGCUUUUAUUUUGUAGCGCUUAUCACAUGGAAAAUGCCAUAAACUCAAUUGAAAAUUAUUUAAUUCAAGAACCGCCAAUUUCACCUGAACGAUUCAUUGAAUAUUUCGAAUUAGCUGAAAAAUAUAACUUAGAAAAUCUUUUACGCCGAAAUUUACAUCGAAUAGAAAAUAGCUGCCGACAUUUUGCACUUCCAAUGAUCAAUCAUGCAGAUUUCAUGAAACUGACAGAACAAACAAGAAGUCAAAUUUUGGACAGAUUUUGUUCUGGAUGGGGCGUAGGAGGCAUGAAUCCAACGAAACGUUUGAGUCGAUUACUAACAAUAGAAGGUAAUGAGGGAAACACAACUGUUGAACAAGACAAAAAAUUAUCAACAUUUAUGGAGAUCGAUUCUCAAGCAGCUUUUGGUAGCUCCGAGGAGAUAAAUUGA